CCAGAGAAAAAAAAAAUGUAAUAACAGAGAUGUGAGGCACAGCUGAGAACACUGAACAACUGAACAUACACCGAGUCUAAUGCUGUUUAUAUACUAACUACGGGGAAUACCAGCUCAACGACAGAGGAGAGGAAAGAUGCCCAUUGGCUAUCAGGAAUUUUGUAUACCGUCACGCGGAAACAUAUCUUCCAGCGGACCAAGAGCGAGGUGUUCCUUCGACCUGCGCACGAAAACUAGAGAUACCUGUUUCUUCGGAGGUCUGAAAGAGAGGAUGGCAGGUUUUAUUGACGUCACGCGGUAUAAUAUCAGACGUAGUUUACCCGCCUCGCCAUCUAAAUUAACUUUAUACAACAUACCAAUACUGCACAUUAACAAGGAGCUCCAUACAUAAUACAUCAA